CCUCCCAGGGCAAUACAAGACAGAAAAGAAAAGCAGUGUCAUUUCCGAAUAGCACAGUGCUAGAGUAAACUCAGCAUGAAAAAGGAAGGAGUUGCAGCAUGUUAGAAUUCUUCCUCCACAGCCGGGAUUUUUACAUGAGAAGGAUUUGGAGGGUGUUAAAACAGCAGAGGAUUUUAAAAAAAUACUUUGAAAUGGAGUACUUUGAAAAUGAGCUUCUUAAGGACAACUGAUGUCUGACUGCUAGUAAUACUAAAGGAAUUUUUCAAAAUGAGCAUUGUUAUGAAGCCAAGAUCCCGAUCUACCAGCUCCUUAAGGACUGCCGACGCAAUGUGUUUCGAUGUAGACAAUGGUACAUCAUCAGGACGAAGUCCCUUGGACCCCAUGACAAGUCCUGGGUCAGGACUCAUUCUUCAGGCAAAUUUUGUCCACAGUCAACGUAGGGAGUCUUUCCUUUACCGGUCAGACAGUGAUUAUGAUCUGUCUCCAAAGUCCAUGUCCAGGAAUUCCUCCAUUGCCAGUGAUAUACAUGGAGAUGACUUGAUUGUGACACCAUUUGCUCAGGUUCUGGCCAGCCUGCGUACUGUCCGGAAUAACUUUGCUGCAUUAACCAAUUUACAAGACCGGGCACCCAGCAAAAGAUCACCAAUGUGUAGCCAACCAUCUAUUAACAAAGCAACAAUAACAGAGGAGGCCUACCAAAAACUGGCUAGCGAGACCAUGGAGGAGCUGGACUGGUGCCUGGACCAGCUGGAGACCCUGCAGACCAGGCACUCCGUCAGCGAAAUGGCCUCGAACAAGGGAGAGUGCUCGGAUUCCUCUGCAUUUCUGCCCUCUGCUGCUUGCUGAUCUCCUCGGCAGAGGGUGC